AUGUUAUCUUUUUCUUUACAGUGUGUGGUUAUAGUCAGCACAGUGGCCGUGGCUUCGCCAGUUAGCAGUAGCAAUGGCAAAUGGAUUCCUGAGAAGUACGGAGAAGCCGGCAGGUACAACAGACCGAGAGACGAGGGUAAAUACGUGCACAUACCCUACCCUUACAUACACAUCGACAACCCGUACGACGGCGGCUACGGGCCGUAUGCGCACCAAUACGAGCCUUACGAAGGCGCAGAAUCCGUCGACCAGUACAGACUAGUACUCCAGCCUGGCGAUGACAAUCCCUUCUAUAAGGAAGGCUACUAUAGGAACAACGGAAUUAAGAUCAUUAGCCAGAAUCACAACUACCAUGAAGACAAAUACGAUUUUGACUUUGAGACCGAGAACAAGAUUCGCGCUGAAGAAAAAGCCAUUCUGAAGAACCCGAACUCGAUCGACGAAGGCAUAGCCUCGGAAGGUUUCUACGAGUACAUAGGCCCCGACGGUUUCAUGUACCGCGUCGACUACACCGCCGACGAGAACGGCUUCAGGCCCAAAGUGAAGAGGUUAGAGACCCCUUACUCCGGCAAGUGGAUACGAGAAAAAAUUAACAACUACUAGACAAAUCAAUUCAUACAUGUAUAUACCAAAAACCAAAUAAACGAAUCACUCAUAAAUCAGUAUUGUAAAUAAGUAGGCAACAAUUAUUUCUUUAGUGCACGCCUGCGAUUUAUUUAACUAUCUGCCAUUUCAUAGAUCACGAUCUGUUUCAUGAACUUGACAUUUAGAUUUUCGUUUUGACCGACAUUAUUGAAUCUUUUGAGAUCCACCGCAGCGAUAUUUCCAUAUCAAUCAAGUACUUUCGUAGGGAGUUAAGUACCAGAUUCAAGUUAAAGUAAGUACAAAGGCUUCUUUAGUUCGGCGUUCCCUU